AUGCAGCUUGUCACUUCACUCUUCCUGCUGGCGGCAUCUGUCGUUCAUGCAUCCCCAACCCCAGUCUUGAAGGAGGAAGCAGCAAAGGUGCUUGCGAAGAGAGCAUCAAUCACAGAUGCUGCCAGCGUCGGCUACGCAACGCUGAAUGGAGGCACCAAGGGUGGCGCUGGUGGACCUACAACCACCGUCAGCACUCUGCCACAACUAUCCGCGGCAGCCAUUGCCGAGGGCCCUCUUAACAUUGUUGUUCAAGGUGCCAUUAACGGGGGCGCAAAGGUCCAAGUAGGAUCGGACAAGACCAUCAUUGGCAAGAGUGGCAGUUCCUUGACCGGCGUUGGUCUUACCAUCAACGGCCAAAAGAACGUGAUAGUGAGAAACAUGAAGAUCGCAAAGGUGCCAGCCGAAUUUGGUGAUGGCAUCACCAUCCAGCUUUCCACAAACGUAUGGGUCGACCACUGCGACUUGUCCGGCGACGAGACUGUAGGCAAAGACACCUACGAUGGACUCGUCGACCUGUCCCACGCAGCCGACUACGUGACCAUCUCAAACACCUACCUCCACAACCACUCCAAAGGCACCCUCGUCGGCCACUCGGACAAGAACUCCGCCGAAGACACCGGCCACCUCCGCGUGACCUACGCAAACAACCACUUCUUCAAGGUCGCCAGCCGCGGCCCCCUCCUCCGCUUCGGCACCGCCCACAUCCUCAACAACUACUACAACGAGCAGGACACGGGCGUCAACACACGCAUGGGCGCCCAGGCCCUCGUCGAGGGCUCCGUCUUCGAGAACUCUGGGAAGAAGAUGGUGUACACCGAGUCGAGCGCGGAAGACGGUUUCGCUGUUGUCGUGGACACCCUGUUUGGUGGACAGAGUGCAAAUACCGCUCCCGCUGGUACCCUCACGAAGGACAAGAUUCCCUACUCGUACACCCCCCUGCGCGCGGCCGAUGUCAAGGCCGCUGUUACCAAGGAGGCUGGUCAGACGCUGGCCAUUUAG